AUGAUGUCUUCCCGUCUUUUCUUACUUGUUAUUCUUGGUAUAUUAUGUCAUUUUGUGUCAUGGGUUUAUGGUCAUGCUUACUUUUCUUAUCCAACUCCACGUAACGUUUAUUGUACUAAUGCUUCAUGCACUGCUAAUGGUACGUUAGGACCCCAAGGACCAGUUUGGAGUUUACCGGCCAAUAGUACAUUAAUUGCCGCAAGUCCAACAAGCCAAACAACAUGUAAUGGAUCUGCUUUAAUAGCCAAUGCUCCAGUAGGUAACACUUACGAUCCAGGAUUUCAAGGUAAA